AUGCAUGGAACUGAAACAAAUGGAAGGCUACAUGAAAUGAUUACAAUGAGAUCCUGGUUGCUGUUGCUACUUCUGCUUGUGAGCUUGUGUUCACCUGCACCUAGACUUUCGGAUAAGGACAUCUGCCUGAUAGACAACACUAAAUUACAACAGAGGCUAAAACUGCUCCAAGACUUGCUUCAGUUGUGUGAAUUACAGCUGAAGGACAUCUUGGGGAACAACUAUCAUGGAACAAAGAGCAAGAUCUUCUCAGCCAGGAGGAGCAUACAGCCUGAAAUCCUUUUACCCACAACUAGUGGAAACUUGAUAGUCUACGAUCAAGAUUGCUCUGCAGUGUUUAACAGCAGAAAAAUCGAAAAUGGAUACUACCGGAUCAGGCCCAGAGCAGACCGAGAACCUUUUCUGGUGUAUUGUGACAUGUCUGAUGGAGGGGGAUGGACUGUAAUACAGCGACGCAGUAAUGGCAAAGAGAAUUUCAACAGGAAAUGGGCUGAUUACAAACAAGGAUUUGGGCAGUUCCAGGGCAAGAAUGACGAAUACUGGCUGGGCAAUGAGCACAUUUAUGAUCUGCUGGCUAGAGAGGAAAACUCACUAAAAAUUGACCUGAUGGACUGGCAUGGAGAAAGACGAUAUGCAAUCUAUGAAAACUUUCAGAUCAAGAAUGAGCAGGACAAUUACAGGUUAUGGGUUGGCACCUAUUCUGGUAAUGCUGGUGAUGCUCUGUUUGGCGGGAGUAACUUUGAAGAGCAGUGGUCAGCAUCACACAGUGGGAUGUCGUUCUCCACAUCAGACAAGGAUCAUGACAGAUUCCUAGCAGGCAACUGUGCACAAGAGAACAAGUGUGGCUGGUGGUUUAACAGAUGCCACGCAGCGAAUCUCAAUGGACAAUAUUAUAAAACAGGAAACUACACCGGACGCCAUGACAAUGGAGUGGUUUGGUCAACCUGGCAUGGGUUCUGGUACUCCCUGAAAUACACAGCCAUGAAAAUCAGGCUUCCAUCUUUUGUCGACGUAGGGAGUGGAAAUGGUGAAAGCAGCUAG